UAAAAAAAAAGGGAGCCCAAGUGCUUGAUCAGUAUGGAAAUUAGCGGUUGCGCAAGCGGAGAAAUGAGUUCCUUUACGCGGGAGAGGAAGAAACGAGGCAAGCCUGAAUGCCCCUGACGGGAACAAAUUAUUCAAGUGGGAGGAGGAAUUACGUUCUUAGCAUCUGUUUUAUGGGCUAUAUAUGUCCAGUACCAUGAGCGCAUCUCGCUCCACAGAAUCAUCAAAGCUUAUCCUCCUGCGUAACAGGCCAUCCAGGCAAGCGAGGGUGGAUACCGUUUUAAAGUACUAGUCUACCCGCCGCUCUCUCACUGUAGGAUUUCUUGAACACCCGUCCACAGAAAACCUCCACGACCCAUAGGAAACUGGACACCUUUGCAGGAUGUGCAGUGUGACACAUCACUGAUCCCCUAAAGGCCAUAGGUUAAAUCCGCGGAGGUCCCGGACAAGAUGAAUGUGUCUGAGACCUCCCGAACACUGGAGCCUUUGUUCGGCAAUGACAGCGCGGUGUCCUACAAUGCCACCGUGAUUCCGACCAAAACCAAGCCCACGGCCUGCGAGCAGCUCAACAUUGCCCCCGAGGUCUUCCUCACCUUGGGCAUCAUCAGCCUCCUGGAGAACAUCCUGGUCAUCUGCGCCAUCGUCAAGAACAAGAACCUGCACUCGCCCAUGUACUUCUUUGUCUGCAGCCUGGCGGUGGCCGACAUGCUGGUGAGCGUCUCCAACGCCUGGGAGACCAUCGUCAUCUACCUGCUCAACAACCGGCAGCUGGUGGUGGACGACCACUUCAUCCGGCAGAUGGACAACGUGGUGGACUCCAUGAUCUGCAUCUCGGUGGUGGCCUCCAUGUGCAGCCUGCUGGCCAUCGCCGUGGACCGCUACGUCACCAUCUUCUACGCCCUGCGCUACCACAACAUCAUGACGGUGCGGCGGGCGGCCCUGAUCAUCGGCGGCAUCUGGACCUUCUGCACGGGCUGCGGCAUCGUCUUCAUCAUCUACUCGGACACCACGCCGGUCAUCAUCUGCCUGGUGUCCAUGUUCUUCGCCAUGCUGGUGCUCAUGGCCUCGCUCUACAGCCACAUGUUCAUGCUGGCGCGCUCCCACGUCAAGCGCAUCGCCGCCCUGCCCGGCUACAACUCCAUCCACCAGCGCACCAGCAUGAAGGGCGCCAUCACCCUCACCAUCCUCCUGGGGAUCUUCAUCGUCUGCUGGGCGCCCUUCUUCCUCCACCUCAUCCUCAUGAUCACCUGCCCGCGCAACCUCUACUGCGUCUGCUUCAUGUCCCACUUCAACAUGUACCUCAUCCUCAUCAUGUGCAACUCAGUCAUCGACCCGCUCAUCUACGCCUUCCGAAGCCAGGAGAUGAGGAAGACCUUCAAGGAGAUCAUCUGCUGCUACAACCUGCGUAACGCCUGCGGGCUGGCCAGGAAGUACUAGGAUGACUGAAGGAGCCCAGAGAAAUCAAUUUGAAUAGUUGGUGACAAGUGCUUUAAUGUUUAAACCAUGAAAUACAUUUCCUGUGAAUAUGCACCAGCCAGUUGUUUUCGAGUGCUAUUUUGAAGUGUAUUGCUCAGUUUUGUUGGAUAUACUGUGAUCCACUGUGCUCUUGUUUCCGCGUAAAGAAGAGGCUGCUGGGACUGCAUUGUAGGUGAUUUUCAGUUCAUUUCAGAUUCACCAUUUGCUGAGACUUUGUGUUGUGCUCUGGUACUAUGAAUAAAAACAAAGAUCAGUUUUAGAUAAAUUUUUCCUCAUUUUGUCUUAUCUCUAAUGUUUGUGGUUUGUUUUCCAUCUCUGUCUCACUUUCCUUUCCCAUCUUUGCUGUUUCACCUGCGUAUUACUGUGUGCACCAAAAGUGUACAGUUGAGCAAAGAUUGUAUUUUAUGAGUAUAUUUGUCAAAGGUGUAGAGAAAUGUGAUUAAUUGUGAGCUUAUCUUCUGUCAGAGAUAACUGUAAAAACAUAAUGUAUCAUAAAAUUGACUUCAAAAAUUGCAGGGUUCAGUCAUGUCAUGCAAGAGUGUCGUACAGAUUUGACCGGGAAAAAAAGUUCAACUUUAUUCAUGAUCAUGUUAUUUUGAUUCAUGCAGAUAUCUAAAAAUAAACUGCCCCCAACACAUUGAUUUUAUGGAAAUAAUUCUCAGCAUUGCAUAUUGCAAGACUUAUUAUGCUUCCCAGGGUACCUACAGCUCUGUGCUGAUUAUUCUCUGUGAUCCAAUGCUUGGCCCAAGAGUGCCACUAGAGAUAUGUUAUUAAAACCUAACCGUGAACCCCAUGGAGCACAGACCAUAACAGAUGGCCAGGAUACCUUUAUUCAUUUUUUUUUCUUGCCUGAUAAUCAAUGCGACAGUAAAUAAAUGUACUUUUCAUGGGCAACGUAGCAUUUGUACUGAAAAAUAUUAAAGAGAAGGAUUUUCUGCAGGCAGUUGCCGUGGGGACUUUUCUUCAGAGAUUUAGGCAGUCAACUAAACCACAUCUGCUCAAAAACUUUCUAUCUGCAAGCUCACAGCCUUUUAACCGAAAGCCAGAUUAGGUCACGAAAAUAAACAGGUAUUAGGAAUACGAACCAAAAUAGGUUACAAGGCUUGAACUUUUGCCUGCAAUAAAUGGUGAGGGAUUUCCCAAUCAAUUUAUGCCACAUAUAUCUUCUGAUUUUCAUACAAUCUGGGAAAUCCCAGGGGUGCCUCUUGCCUUAUGACUCAUGAAAAGCCACAGUGGUGCAAUUUUCAUGCCCUCAAAUGUGUUAAUGUAAUUUGCAUUCAAGCAUUCCAAUGGGAUGAUGUUACAGCUUAAUGCUUUGCAAAUUGUCAGCAUGUUCAUGAGUCUGUGUUCGGCGUAGUGCUCAGUAAGGCCUUUAUAUUUUUCUGUUAUGCAUGUUUGUAAAGCGAGUUGUGAAUGUAUCAAGAAAAUAAUUUAAAUAAAAUACCUCAC